AAGGACGAGGUUUACCUGAACCUGGUGCUGGAUUAUGUUCCGGAGACGGUGUACAGAGUGGCCAGACAUUACAGCCGCGCCAAGCAGGCGCUGCCCAUGAUAUACGUCAAGUUGUACAUGUAUCAGCUGUUCCGCAGUUUAGCCUACAUCCAUUCCUUUGGGAUCUGCCAUCGGGACAUCAAACCACAGAACCUCCUGCUGGACCCCGAUACUGCGGUGCUGAAGCUGUGCGACUUCGGAAGUGCUAAACAGCUGGUCCGUGGGGAGCCCAAUGUCUCCUACAUAUGCUCUCGGUACUAUAGGGCCCCGGAGUUGAUCUUUGGGGCCACUGACUACACCUCCAGCAUAGAUGUGUGGUCAGCGGGUUGUGUGCUGGCAGAGCUCCUCCUCGGGCAGCCCAUCUUCCCCGGGGACAGCGGUGUCGACCAGCUGGUGGAGAUCAUCAAG